UAACCGUUCAAGCGUCCGGUCUCCAACUUUGACACACGAACAACGCCGGAGUCUACCACAAUCUUUAUGCUAGUAAAGAUUAUAGUAGUAUAAAAUAUAAAGAUUAAAAUUGGGAUAAUAAUAAUCUUGUAUAUUUCUAUAGAAAAUAUUUCUAAUAAUAUUUAGAAAAUAUUAUAGAUAUUUUCUAUACACAAAAUGAUAUUAAUGGAACACUAAAAUAGUAUUUUUCUCUCUAAGAUGCAUUAAAAAACAAAAAUAUUAGGUACAAAUUAUUGUUCAAAUUAAAGUGUUCUCUACCCGUUUCUCAAUUCUCAUGAACCCAAUCACACACGCGUGUCCUUCACUCCGCAGUUCGGCGAUCCAGGCUUUGAUCCAGCGGCCUCGCCGCUUCUCUGAUCCAGCGGCUUCAACGAUAGAUACGACUAUACAACCAGAGUCGACUGUACAGCUGUCGAUACGGCUUCAGCGAUCGUUCUUCAGCUUUGUUCAACUCUAUCCAGCGUCACGCGUUCUUCAGAUUCAAACCAGGUAAGAUUUGCUUUUGGGAAGGAAAGAUGGUGAAACUUACUAUGAUUGCCCGUGUUACCGAUGGGCUGCCUUUAGUGGAGGGCUUGGAUGAUGGGCGUGAUGUACCAGAUGCAGACUUCUACAAACAACAGGUCAAACAGCUGUUCAAGAACCUUUCUCAACGACAUAAUGGAGAUUCUAGAAUGUCAGUUGAAACUGGACCUUACGUAUUCCAUUAUAUAAUUGAAGGACAUGUUUGUUAUCUAACAAUGUGUGACCGUUCUUAUCCCAAGAAACUUGCCUUUCAAUAUCUGGAAGACCUUAGGAAUGAAUUUGAACGUCUCAAUGGGAGUCAAGUCGAAACAGCAGCUAGACCUUAUGCAUUUAUUAAGUUUGAUACAUUUAUUCAAAAGACAAAGAAACUCUACCAGGACACAAGAACUCAGCGCAACAUCUCAAAGUUGAAUGAUGAGCUUUAUGAAGUUCAUCAAAUAAUGACUCGGAAUGUACAAGAGGUUCUUGGUGUUGGUGAAAAGUUGGACCACGUUAGCCAGAUGUCCAGCCGCUUAACAUCAGAAUCUCGCAUUUAUGCCGAUAAAGCAAAAGAUUUAAAUCGUCAGGCUUUGAUUCGGAAAUGGGCCCCAGUAGCGGUUGUCCUCGGGGUUGUUUUUCUCCUACUUUGGGUGAGGAAGAAGCUAUGGUGAUGAGCCCUCCGCUAAAGCGCAAAGAUAUCAAGAGUCACUCCAUUGACUAUUCACUCGUCAUUUGGAUCCUUGCAGUUGGGUACCUUAAAAUUAUGUACGACGUUCGGAAAAUAUUGUUUAUAGGUUGCAACUCAUUACGAGAGACCAGUUUUCAAAGUAUUAGAGACUCAAGAGAUUUUGUCAUUCCUUCAUACACAACUUGAAGCAAAAGAAUUGUAUUUAAAUUACAGAAGGAUGCCCAAUCUUGCUACUACCUCAGUCCCUUAUUUCU